AUGGAAAUAAAAGGUUCUUCUGAUACAGUUAUGGAAAAUAAGAAUAUUACAAUAAAUAAUACCUCUACAUUUCCAUGGACUGCUUUACAACAAAAUUUAAAGGACACAAACGUUAUUAAUGCAAUAAAUCAAUUUCUAAAUAUGUAUCAUCCUGAUGAUGGUAUAAUUGCAUAUGAACGUGUAUUAAAAGCUCUACUGAUUUUAUCUGAAAAUUUGGAUAGUAAUAUACAACAACAAAUAAUUUCUAUAAUACCAUUACCAAAAGGUGUAUCAAAUGAUACAAUAAAAAAUCUAAUAUAUAAAAUUACUGAACUAAGUAAAACAUCUAAUACCAAAUCUUUAUAUCAAAAAGUUACUGCAAUUUCCAAAGAACCUAAUAUAGAAAUAUUAGACAAAAACUCAGAAAUCCAUUUAAAUCAAAAUAUUUUGAUUGACACAUCUCAAAAUUUUGAAUUAAAUGAAAAGUUUAUGUCUUCAGUACCUGAAGUAUUCAAAGGUUUUCCUCCUAAUGAAAUUUCAACAAUUCAUAAUCAUAUGAAUUAUAUGUAUGAUACAUUAAAUUAUAAUAUUCCAUAUAUAAAAUCUCAUAUUACUAGUAAACAAAAUCUUUCAUCAAAUAUUAAUGAACAAGAAGAAUCAUUAAAACUUCAAUCAAAAUUAAAAUGGAGUUAUACUCCUCAUCUUCUAUAUGAAAGUAAUCUUUAUCAAAAUUCUACAUCUGAGUAUCAAGAAAUUUUUAAAUCAAUGGAUGAUAAAUAUUUUCAAUUGUCUAUUGAUCAGUUUAAUAAUUGGAAUCAAUGUAAUGUAACUAAUGUGUCUCAUGCAUUACAUCAGGAUACUAUAUGUUUAAAAAAAUUAUAUAAAAAUAACAUAGUUUCAAAUAAACAGAAUAAAAAUAAGAUCUCAAAUUUAGAAAUAUAUGAUAAUAGGUAUAUAGAAACAGGAACAAAUUGCAAAAUUUUACACAACGUAGAAAAUGAUACAAAAAACAUAAAAAAAUAUAGUAAAUUAAAUAAGAAUAAAUUUUGUAAUAUGGAAAUACAAAAUCAUUUUAAGCAAGAAUUAAAAGAUGAACAAGCAAUUCAGAAAGAUAUAUAUAAAAUGGAUAUUGUAUAUAGUGAAGAAAAAAUUAAAGAUACAAUAAUAAAUAUACAGGUAAAGAAAAUUCAUAUUUGUAAUAAUUAUUUUAAUAGUUCGUAACAAUUUCUAUAAAUAACAAUAUUACAGACAUUAAAAGAAGAUAAUUUUUUAAUGGAUAACUUUAGAGCACACAAAAAGCUUAAAACAAGCUUGCAGAAUUUUUUAAAACGUGUAGAACAGGAAACUUCGAUCGAAUUUCCAAUAUUGCCUCAGACCAAACCUUUGUAUGUUAUUCCUUCUAUAUCCAAUUUUUGCAAGUUUUUAAAUCAAGAAAACCUGGAAAACAAUAAUCAAUUAGAUAUUUUGAGCAAUAACAUAAAUAGUUAUAAAAGUAUAAAUGUACUAGAGGAUACAAAAAAAAAUAUUAAAAAAAAAUCCUCAGAAUCAUUUCAUAUUUAUCCAAAAUCAGAUCAAUUAAAUCUGCUUCAUAAAAGUUUAAAUAAUAUAGUUAAUGAAACAAAAACAAUAGAAUGUGAAAAAAAGAACUACAUAGAAAAUUUACUAUACAAAUCUGCACUGAAGCAAACAAAACAAAAAAGUUUAAACACUUUACAACAAACUGCAUCUAUUACAGAGCUGGUUACAUUUAAAAAACAGUACUAUGAUACAUUAUUAAAUAUUCAGAAAGCCAAGAUGGCAGUGGCAAAUUCUUUGGCAAUAUCAUCUGUAGAAAAUUUUACCAAAUAUGAUCCAUAUUAUUCCAACCAUUCAUAUCAACAAGAAUUAUUGCAACAUGAACCAUUAAUUAUAAAUCCACAAUUUGCAGUACAUACUAUGGCACAGUCUGAAUUAUCAAAUAUAUAUAAUACUUCAUGUGCAUGGAUGAGGUUUAACAAUUGGAAGCAUCUUACUAUGAAACAGUUAAGACAUCCACAACAAUUUCCAUUUCAAAUUUCAAGAAACAAAAAGAAUUCUAUACUACAUUAUGUAAAAACAAUGGAUAUUCAAUGUUUUGCACAAGAUAAAAACAAACAAAUGAAGCAAAAUAUACAACGUAAAAAGUUAGAAGACAUAGUUGGAAAAUUAAAAGAAAUAGAAAGCAGCAACAUGAACAAUUAAAAAAAUUAUUACUGGUCCCUAUGAAGUUUUUAAUUUUUAAAAAUACGUUAAUCUCUAU